UUGCAUCCUUCUAGUUCCAAGCCUCCCUCUUUAGCUCUGGUGGAGUCUCAAGUCUCAGACUUCAUAACUCCUUUUACGACACUGAGUCUCUGAGGCAGUCUCGGCGCCAGGUCCACUUUUCGGCUAAGUGACGUGGACGUCAACAGCAAUGGCGGAAGGAGAAGAUCUUCUGCCACUGUCAACGUCGGGCGGGGACAGCUGGGAAAAAGAUCUUGAAGAAGCCCUGGAAGCAGGAGGUUGUGAUCUUGAAACUUUGAGGAAUAUAAUUCAAGGGAGACCAUUGCCUGCUGAACUGAGGGCCAAGGUUUGGAAGAUUGCUCUGAACGUUGCAGGAAAAGGUGAUAGUUUGGCAUCAUGGGAUGGUAUUUUAGACUUGCCCGAACAGAACAGUAUUCAUAAAGAUUGCCUUGAGUUUAUUGAGCAGCUCUCAGUACCAGAGGAGAAGGCAGCAGAAUUACUCCUGGAUAUUGAAUCUGUAAUUACUUUUUACUGUAAAUCACGCAGUGUUAAAUACAGCACAUCCCUGAGCUGGACUCAUCUACUGAAACCACUGGUCUGUCUCCAGCUGCCUCGCAGCGACCUAUACAACUGCUUCUAUGCCAUCAUGAAUAAGUACAUUCCCAGGGAUUGUUCCCUGAAGGGGAGGCCGUUUCAUCUCUUCCGACUGCUCAUCCAGUACCAUGAGCCUGAGCUUUGUUCUUUUCUUGAUACAAAGAAAAUCACUCCAGACUCCUAUGCACUCAACUGGCUCGGAAGCCUUUUUGCACAUUACUGUUCCAUCGAAGUCACCCAGGCCAUAUGGGACGGAUAUCUCCAGCAAGCGGAUCCAUUUUUUAUUUAUUUCUUAAUGUUAAUUAUCCUUGUUAAUACGAAAGAAGUUAUUUUAGCACAAGAGUCUGACAGCAAAGAAGACGUUAUCCACUUUUUGGAAAAUACUCCCUCCAGCUUGAAUCUGGAAGACAUAGAAGACCUUUUCUCUUUGGCUCAGUAUUACUGCAGUAAAACGCCCGCUUCUUUUAGGAAGGAUAAUCAUCACCUCUUUGGUAGUACUCUGUUGGGGAUCAAGGAUGAUGAGGCAGAUCUGAGCCAGGCUCUGUGUCUGGCUGUUUCAGUAUCCGAGAUCCUUCAAGCAAAUCAGCUGCAAGGGGAAGGAGUCCGGUUCUUCGUGGUGGACUGCCGUCCUGCAGAACAGUACAAUGCGGGCCAUUUGUCAACUGCGUUCCACUUAGACUCAGACUUGAUGCUGCAGAAUCCAUCCGAGUUUGCACAGUCAGUAAAGUCCUUGCUAGAAGCGCAGAGACAGUCCAUUGAGUCCGGCUCCAUCGCUGGUGGGGAGCACCUCUGUUUUAUGGGCAGUGGCAGAGAGGAAGAAGACAUGUAUAUGAACAUGGUCCUCGCACACUUCUUGCAGAAAAACAAAGAAUAUGUUAGUAUUGCCAGUGGAGGAUUUAUGGCCCUGCAGCAGCACCUGGCAGACAUAAAUGUGGAGGGACCGGAAAGUGGAUACGGCCAUUGGAUUGCCAGCACCUCAGGGUCAAGGGGCAGCAUCAGCUCUGCUGAUGGUGAAUCUUGUAACGGCUCAAAUGAUAGAGGGAUGAAGUCCCUUGUCAAUAAAAUGACUGUGGCUCUAAAGACAAAAUCUGUUAAUGUUAGGGAAAAGGUCAUCAGUUUCAUUGAGAACACGUCAACUCCUGUGGACCGAAUGUCUUUCAAUCUUCCUUGGCCAGACAGAUCAUGUACAGAGCGGCAUGUGAGCAGCAGUGACAGAGUGGGCAAGCCUUAUCGCGUGAAGCCCGUGUUCAGCAUUGGCGAAGAAGAGAACGACACAGAUGAGAUCGACAGCUCUUCCAUGUCAGAUGAUGAUAGAAAGGAAGUCGUAAACAUCCAGACCUGGAUCAACAAGCCAGACAUCAAGCACCACUUUCCUUGUAAAGAAGUAAAAGAAAGCGGGCACAUGUUUCCCAGUCAUCUGUUGGUUACGGCCACGCAUAUGUACUGCUUAAGGGAGAUUCUUUCGAGGAAAGGACUGGCUUACAUCCAGUCUCGGCAAGCACUAAAUUCUGUAGUUAAAAUUACGUCCAAAAAAAAACAUCCCGAGCUAAUUACCUUCAAGUAUGGAAACAGCAGUGCUUCCGGGAUAGAAAUCUUGGCUAUCGAAAGGUAUUUGAUUCCCAAUGCAGGAGAUGCUACCAGAGCCAUAAAACAGCAGAUCAUGAAAGUGUUGGAUGCUUUGGAAAGUUAAUGUAAAAGAAAGUUAUUUAAGAGAAAUUAAGGCAACGAAGAGAAACAUGAAAAUAUAUUUCCUGACUCAAUACUAACCAGAGAUUUUUGAUUUGCUCACGGGGUGCCUGAGGAGAGGGUCUAAAUGCAAAUUAUUGUAAUCAAUCUCGGGAUGGGUACACUUUUUUAAAAAUUUCUUUUGCAUCUUUGGUUUUAUAUAAUGAUUUAUUAUAAAGGUCAGUUAUUAAAUGACUUUUAAGUAACUGGCCUUGUGCCCUAUGGAUCAAGGGCUUAGAAUGCAGUUCUGUUUUGAAGAGCUGUUUUAAAGACAUGCAUCAUUUUCGGUUCUAAAACAACUGUACACAUACGUAUUUGCAAUGUCUUCACUGAAAUUUAUGGAUAGAAUUAGUUGAAGAGAUUUAAUUGCUACAUUGAGUUUUACUACAAUGAGCAUUAUUGGAAAAUAAAUGGUUAGAUUCAUAAUUAGCUCACUGUUUCUGUUCU